AUGGCAAAAAUUUCAUUUAAUAAUGAUAAAUAUUUUACGAAAGAAAAUAAGAUAAUAAAUACUAUUGAAAAUAAUAAAAUAGAUGAAAAUAAUUGUUUAAAAUUGUUACCAAAAGAAGAGAAGGGUAAAGAAGUUUUUCUAAGAAAGUAUUGUUUAAUAGGUGCACCAAAUGUUGGAAAAACAUCAAUAAUUCAUAGAUUUGUAUAUAAAAAAAAUCCCGAUUUAAAUAAUUCAUUAUUUGAAAGAGUACAUUUUAAAUCAUUUAUUUAUGAUAAUCAAAUUUACGAUUGUAAAUUUGGUGAUACUAAAGGUUAUGAAACAGAUAAAAUUGUUUCAUAUAAAUAUCCAUACUUAUGUGAUGGAUAUUUUUUAGUAUACUCAAUAGAUAAUCGUCAAUCAUUUGAAUUGUUACCAAAACUUUAUGAAAAAAUUUUAGAUAAAUUUGAUAAUACAAAUAUACCAGUAAUUGUGGUUGGAAAUAAAAAUGAUUUUAAUAAUACAAAUCGAGUUGUAUCUCUUAAAGAAGGAGCUAUAAUGGCUAAGAAAUUUAAUAAUUCACCAUUUUUAGAGUGUAAUGCAUUUAAUGAACAUUUAGUAAAUACAAUUUUUGAAGUUAUGAUAUAUCAUGAUAAUAAAAUUAGAAAUUUGGAUACAAUUCAAAAAAAUAUAUUUGAUGAAUGUAGAAUAUUUUAA